UAGAACAGCCAGCCUGAGGAAGAGCCCUGUGUGCCCCUGAAGCUUGCAGGCUGCAGACGAACCACUGGCUGGUUCUCAGGAAGGGCAAAGCCUCUUUUCCCCUUUCCUCGUCUUCAUGCUGAUACUUUGUCUUGCCUGGUUAAUUUUUCCCUGGUUCCCUUUGGUCGGUGUGGCUCGUUCCAAUUCUCUUAUUUCUUUUGAUUGUUUUAAAAAUGGGGCCAUCAUGGUAUAUUGGCUUUAUUCCAAAGUUUUAAAAAAAUAUUUAAUUAUGACUAUUUUUAGAUCAAGAUGGGUAGCUGCGGCAGAAAAGGGCGAGAGUCCAGUAGCGUCUAGAAGACUCACGAAGCUGGUGGUAAGGCAGGAGAGCGUUCGUGAGCCGCACACAGCACCCACCUCCGGAUCCGAAGCGGCAGAGGCGCAGCCUCCGAAGAGGCCGGGGUGUGUGUGUGUGUGUGUGCGUGUGCGUGCUUCCCUCUCUCUUGCUUCCAUCCAUCCCCCGCCUGUCUCCGCGGUGGGGCCCCCCAACGUCUCCCCCUUACGCCUCGCCACCGCCCUUAGAGGGCGGCCAGGCGAAGGAGCGAGCGGCUGGCCCGGGGCGGGCUUGGACCCCCGCCGCCUCAGGGGCCGCCAGUCCCGUCCGUCCCCAGCACGGGCCCGGGGCGCCGCCCGCCUCCUCCUCCGCAGCCUGCAGGGGCCGCGUCCCGCUCCGACCCACCCGCCUGGGCGGAGAGGGGCCCCGCGAGGAGGACGGCAGCCUCGAGGGACGGACUUUGCUCGGGGCCCGAGCAGGCCGCCCGCCCGCCCGCCUCGCCUCCCCUUCGCGGCGCCUCCUCCUUAUCCCCCCGCCGGGCAGGCCGGAGCUGGGCGAGCGGCGGCGGCCAUGUCCUUCUGCGCCUUCUCCGGAGGGGAGGCCUACCAGAACCACUUCGAGGCCGGUAUCUACAUUUGUGCCAGAUGUGGUUACGAACUCUUUUCCAGCAAAACAAAAUAUGCUCACUCGUCCCCGUGGCCGGCUUUUACCGAAACCAUCCACAGCAACAGCGUCUCGAAAUAUGAAGAACGCCCAGGAGCCUUAAAGGUGUUGUGUGGCAGGUGUGGUAAUGGUCUGGGCCACGAAUUUCUCAAUGACGGCCCAAAGAACGGCCAGUCUCGCUUCUGAAUAUUCAGCAGCUCUCUCAAGUUCAUCCCUAAAGACAAGGAUAAGAAGAACUUGGGGGUGUAGCCUGCUGUAACCCCUGCACAUAGAUACCGUGACUCCAGGGCAACCCACUGGCUCUUCUGCUCGGGCGAGGAAUAUUUUUAAAGGCCGAAAGGAUGGGAAGCAGGUGAUGCCACGCCCUCAGCAGAGCAAGUGCACCCACCUCCUGUUUCCGUCUUGACCUCAUCUCAGACUGCGCCCCACUUCGCUCUCUUCUUUCCAUUGAUGCUCCUCCUCCUUCCUCUCUACCAUUUCUCCAUAAGGCUGGGUCCGGCUCACCAGCAACCAAUGCCCAAGCAGCGUGCCGGCUGUCUCUGGCACAUCAUACCAAGUCAGUGGCCUCUGUUCUGAGCUAUGCUGUAGCCCUGCUGAUUCAGGGCAGGAAUGCUGAAGCCACUGCUAGAGCCAAAGCAGGAUUUCUGAUGCCACAAACGUGUCAAAAGAAUUUCUGUAGGGGUUUGGCCACAAUUCAUUUUCUUGGGCGGCCAUUUUGAAAUGGGAGUGAGAAGUGGUAGGCUGGCACCUCAAACCGCCCCCCCCCCCGGGGCCAGCCUAGCAAGUUCCCUUACUUGAGGUGCUGUUUUCUUCUCAGGUGCCUCUAGAGGUCCCGGUUAUGCUUGCCUCUGGUUACUGACCCCCCACUGUAGUCUGUCAGGAAUAGAAAUGGUUAUCCGAGAAAUUGUUCCCAAGAUCCCUUGCAAAGAAUGUUGGGAGUGUAAUCCCAAACGUUGCCCCUAGGAGCUUCCCUGACCUUGUGCAGGCCCCUGCCCUGUAACUCUUUUGUUCUUUGAGCGGGUCUGCUUUAAGUCUCCUCCCCUCUACGCACCCUCAGAGAGAGUUUCACGGUGUCGCAUGCCACAGGAGGUCCCACAUUGUGCCUCUCUGAAACCGUCUUCUAGAGAGAGCUUCGGGUGGGCAGGUGUGUUGAUCUUCAGUAGAAGAGCGAGAUUCAAGUCCAGUAGCACUUUAAAGGCCAACAAGGUUUCUAGAGUAUAAGCUUUCAGGAAUCAAAGUUCCUUUUGUAGGACUGACAAAGGUAGCUGUGACUUCUGAAAGGUUAUAGCCUGGAAAUCUUGUUGGUCUUUAAGGUGCUACUGGACUCAAUUUUUGCACCUUCUAGAGGCACAGAAGGGUUGCCCCCCUCCCCACUCUACUGGGACGGGCCAUUUUCUGAUGUGGACUCAUAAUAUGAAUUGCCCUUUGUAAAUCUCCUUCUGGAGACCAGGGGUGAGGAAGGACUGGAUGAGCUACGCAGAAAAUGCUCUGGGAACGUUUGUGCUUUGUCGCCAGGCAAUUUUUUUUUCCUGGGCAGGGCUGCAGUGCUUUUAAGAGCUGCCUGGAAUGUAUGAAUUAAGCUGCACCCCAUUUUUCCAUGCCAAGAAAAGCUGCUGUUCCGCUGCUGCCUGUCUGACAGACAAAAAAGAUACAGGAGCCCUUUCAGGGCACUGUGGGGAAGAGUGGGCAACCUGCCAUUUAAUUUUUAGCAUAUAAUAGAAGGUGUGCUGAUAACUUUUUGUGUUUUGGGUUGAGAGCGAGCUGCGCUCCGGUCUGGCAUCUGUUUGUAUCUUUCCAGUGGCUGUAAGGAUCAAUUUUGCACAUUUGUCGCUAGCAGAAACUACAGCAGGGGGGCCAGUUCCCACUUCACAUGUGCCUUCAGGGACUCAGAAGUGGGAACUGGCGUCAGGGGAGUUUGCAGGUCUCACACCUGUACUGAGAACAGUUGAAUGUUUGAAGGCAUCUAUAAAGCCCUGGGGGAGACCCAAGAAUCGCUACUGGGUAUGAGAAACCAGAAGCAUGCCGUUCUUGACCUUUCACAGUUUUUGUGGGAAACAAUCCAUGCUGCCUGGUUUCUGCCUUGGCAGCAUAUUUUCUCUAGAAGGACUCUGGUAUCACUGAACAGAUUGCUCAGGCUUUAGACACCAGCUGUGUACACAACAUUACCUCUUAGUCUUAAAAGGGCUAAUGCAUUUGCCUCACAGUUUCUUCCUCUUUGCCUUAAAUCACGAGCUUUCUUCCAGGGCCUGGAAUGAGGACUUCUUCCAAAACUUGCAUAUCUGUCAGACUUGACACUGUGCAUGUCCACCUAAGUCCACCCUACAGAAGGAAAAAAGAGGUGGUCAGAUGGCAGAAUGUAGAAUUAUUGAGGAGGCAUUUCCUGCGCUACGCAAGCCCAAUUCUUUUCUUCCCCUGUCAUCUCUGGCCUGAACAGCUUUGCAGGCUUUUGAAGCACCUCAGAAACCUGUGGAGCUCAUGAACAGAGAUGGCCAGGCCAUCUUCAGCACUCUUGCCGCAGAAAGCUUGUGACGUCCUCCUGAAGAUGCGUGGGAACUGUAGUUCUGCACAGGGACUGAGGGUUCCCAACAAACUCCAGGAUUGGCUUGAGGGAAGCCAUGACGGUUAAUCCAGCUUUGGUUUGCACAUCAGAUACAUCUGCUGGUUAAUACUGAUUACAAUGUCAUCCGUAUUGUCUGGGAUUUCUUUCUUUCUUUUUUUUUUUUUUUUUGGUCCAUGUUGGGGGGCAUGGGAUCGUCCCCAUGGUGUGAACAGGGGUAAGAAGCAGAGUGGAGAAUGUCUUGAGGGGAUUUGCUCUGUAGAAGGCACGUGUGUAUUGCUUUUACCUUGCUUGGUGCCUUAGGUCAAAUAGAUUCGGUGGGUUUAUGAACAUGAUGCAAACUUGCGAAACCUGUUUGAUCGCAGGCUAAAGCAUGAUUAAAGUGGACACUACAAGCAGCAACCCUUUUUUCUGCCCCCAGCCAACCCUUGCUAACCUCCUGUGCAGAAUCGCAUCCCAGGCACUUCCAAGGCUGUUCUUGAACUGGUACCGCAGAGUCAGCUACUCUCACUCCUCGGUGCAAGUCUCAAAAUCCAGAGGCCUCCGAGUUUUGUGUGGGGCCUCAGUGAAUGUUCAAGGGAAGCAUCCUGCUUUCUCGGCACUCGCAGUCAGCAGGCAGCAGUAUUUACAAUGAAUUUGCACUCGCAGGGUAUUUGACGAUCUCUUGUCCAUUUGCUCUGCCUUUUCGGGCAGGGCGGAAGGGGAAAGAGCAGUGAUACAAAUCUGAAUGUAACGUUCCAGCUCACCGCCCCUGAGCUUGGCUGAUGUUCUUACCUCUGCCUGUAAAAAUACAGCUCUGAUGAUGAUAAAGCAUAAAGUGCUUCUUGUUUGGUUUUUGAUUCUGUCUUGGAAUGUUCCCAAUUGGUUGUAAGAAGGUCACAUCUCAGUAUUGAGACUGGCAAUUUAUCAUUACCACAGUUUCCGCUGGAAGCCGCUGUCUUCGUGCAGGCAGCCAAGCAGGGGAAUUGCUGAAGGUCCCAGCAAAUCUGGGACCAAAGGAGAGCUGUGGAGGAAGGUCAGGCCCCCUGGCGACCGAGGUCUGAGCUGAGGUGCAGGCUGGUGGGGACCGGGACUGCCUGGCAGGCUGGCGCUGCUGCUGCACCAAAGUCCUCGAAUGAGUGUGUGGUGCCUUUGCUCCAUUCUCAUAAAGGAAUUCAGGUGGCAUCAUUGCCAGCUCUUUGCCUUCCAGUACUGUCUUCCCAUCGAUGUUAUUUUUUCAGGUCUGAUUUGUGGCAAUUUUAUGAAACACUUAAAAUGCCAUUACAACCCCAGCUUUCCGCCAGGCACGUGGUGGGGGCUAGGCUGGGCCCCCACUGGCCGCACUAAAGAUCUGCCCACCACCCUACAUAGGAGCCAGGGCUUGAAAAGCAGUAUUUUAGCAUCGCCAUCUGAAGAGAAGCUGUAUUGUAUAAAGUUGUUUUAAUGUCAUUUGUAUACUGUUUUAUUUGUUUUUAACUGUAUUUAUGUAAAUUGAAAUGUUGUACUCCGCCCUGAGCCCGCCUGGCGGGGAGGGCGGACUAAAAAUCUAAUAUAAUAAAUAAAUAAUUAAUAAACUUAA